CCCAUCUCUCGAGGCUCUUCCGUCAGCUGCGAUUCUCUCAUCCAUGUCACUGUCUUCUGCACGUUGGUAUCUCUGCAAGGGCUGGCUUUGAAUGACCUAGUUCGAGGGAUAACAGCUCGCCGAUAAUGGCGCCCCGCGAAGACCUCGUUGCAUCCGCGGUCACCUUCCUUCAAGAUCCAUCCGUCGCGUCGGCUCCCCUCGAGAAGCGGAUCGAGUUCCUCAAAUCCAAAAAUCUCACACAAGAGGAGAUCUCUGUGUCACUUGCUCGUGCUGGCGGUGAUGCAGCUGCCAGCCCAACUCCAUCGCCCCAAAAUGCGGCGUACUAUCCUCCUCCAAAUGUCCACAAUGCCCGAGGCCCUCCGGGUCCCAGAUAUCCCUACCCUUACAACCCAUAUGGAGACUGGCAACCUCCUCCGCCGGAGCCACCCAAACGAGACUGGAGAGACUGGUUCAUCAUGGCUACCGUUGUCGGUGGUGCGGGAUACGGCAUGUACGUCCUUGCUCAGAGAUACAUCAAACCGUUAAUUUCGCCGCCCACGCCUCCGCAACUGGAGCAGGAUAAAGCCGCCAUUGACGAGCAAUUCAACAAGGCCUUUGCGCUGCUUGACACAUUAUCUUCCGAUACCGCUACAUUGAAACAAGCCGAAGAAGCUCGAACCCAAAGACUAGAUAGCGCCAUUACAGACAUUGAAGAGAUUGUCGCGGAGCUCAAAGCGGCGAAUCAGAAGCGAGAAGACGAUGCGCGACGCAUGGAAGCAGAAAUCAAGACAAUGAAAGAUAGCCUGCCUCGCUCUAUUGAUAAUGUGCGAGAUGCGAGCGAGAGACAGUUGAAAGAAUUGGGCAACGAGUUGAGCAGUUUGAAAGUCUUGAUGGGAAAUCGCAUGGGCAGCGGUUCCGGAGUCUUUGCAAUCCCACGCACGCAGCCGGCAACCAUGCCAGCGCCAACUUCCGCCUCCACGUCCAACACUGCGGCAGCGACUCCUACGGCCGAGAAUACCACUGCUGCUAGCAGUGUGAACACCCCAAGGCCUACACCGCCGUCCACGAACUCGACCCCGCAACUUCCUACUUCCAACCCAACCCCGGCUGCAACAUCUUUGGGUAGACCAGCAACUGGCAGUAAAGCUUCCAUUCCAGCCUGGCAGAUGGCAGCGGCGCUCAAGGCGGCAAAUAAUACUAGUCCAGCGGCUGCUAGCCACGGGUCUAAUGUCCCGGUAGCUAAUGGUGCUUCUUCAGGAUCAUCUUCUCAGCAGCAGCAGCAGCAGCAGCAGCAGCAGCAGCCUGAUGGCGCAGAGGCGGUCGCUGCUCUCAACGCAAGUUAG